AGGGAGAGAGAGAGAGAGAGCGAGCGCGAGCUAGAGCUAGCUGGAGUUGGGAUGGGAAAAACAACGCUGAGCACAUGAACGGAGCACACAUCUACUUCACCUAAAAAUCCCGACACUCCACGCAAAAGCUGUGCAACUCGUUGGGUUUUUUUUCUGCAACAGUCCUGCCAAAAGUGCAUGCUGCAUCGCAAUGAUUCCUCAAAAGAUCACGUUUUUACGCGGCUUCUGCUUUUUACCUGAAUGAGAAAGGUGAGAUCCAUCUGUAGCCACGCCGAGAUGAAGUUUGGCAAGAAUAUAUGCAUCUUAAACGUCGGCGGCACCAAAUACGCGUUCACCCGAGAGGUGAUUAAGGAUUUCCCACUCCGGAGAGUGAGCCGGUUGCACAGCUGCUCGUCGGAGAAGGAGGUGCUGGAGGUGUGCGAUGACUACGACCGCGAGCGGAACGAGUUCUUCUUUGAUCGCCACUCCGAGGCGUUCGUGUUCAUCAUGCUGUAUGUGCGCUCGGGCAAGCUGCGCUUCGUGCCGAGGAUGUGCGAGCUCUCCUUCUACAACGAGAUGAUCUACUGGGGGCUGGAGAGCUCGCACCUGGAGUUCUGCUGCCAGCGGCGCCUGGAGGACCGCAUGUCCGACACGUACACAUACUUCUCGGAGGAGGACGGGAGAGCCGAGGAGGACUCGCGAGUGGGCGACGAAGAGUCUGAUAUGAGGGGAUCGUGCUCGGAGCGCGCAAACCCGGGCUGGCUCGAGCGCAUGCGGAGGACCUUCGAGGAGCCCGCGUCCUCCGUGGCUGCGCAGAUCCUCGCCUCGGUCUCCGUGAUUUUUGUCAUCAUUUCCAUGGUCAUCCUGUGUGCCAGCACCCUGCCCGACUGGGACACAGCCAAAAACAACACAGUGGAGGAGCACAGGAUCAUUGAAGCAGUAUGCAUUGGCUGGUUCACUGCCGAGUGCAUAGUGCGUUUCAUUGUCUCACGGGACAAAUGUGAGUUUGUACGGCGGCCUCUGAACAUCAUCGACCUCCUGGCCAUAACACCUUACUAUGUAUCAGUGGCCAUGACAGCCCUGACUGGGGAAAACCCGCAGCUUCAAAGAGCAGGGGUCACACUUCGUGUGCUGAGGAUGAUGCGCAUCUUCUGGCUAAUUAAGCUGGCACGCCACUUCCUUGGUCUGCAGACGCUGGGGCUGACGCUGCGCCGCUGCUACCGCGAGAUGGUCAUGCUGCUGGUGUUUGUGUGUGUUGCCAUGGCCAUCUUCAGCGCUCUGGCUCAGCUUCUGGAGCACGGUCUAGACCUGGAAAGCAGCAAUGAGGACUACGCCAGCAUCCCGGCAGCCUGCUGGUGGGUUAUUAUCUCCAUGACCACCGUAGGCUAUGGAGACAUGUAUCCCAUCACGAUGCCGGGCCGCGUGCUGGGUGGUGUGUGUGUCGUGAGUGGCAUUGUGCUCCUGGCUCUCCCAAUUACCUUUAUCUACCACAGCUUUGUGCAGUGCUACCACGAGCUCAAAUUCCGCUCAGCACGCUGCGUGCGAAGUCUCUCAGCUGAGUUUCUCAACUGACAUUGGUUUCUCUGGGACAUAGUGGUCCACAGCCCAGCUCUGUUACCCCUCAUCUGAUCUUUCUGUGCCUUUCUGUUUAAAGCCUUUAACAGCUUCAUGAAUUGUAAGCUAAACGAUAGCGAUAUGAUCACGUCUACAGAGAAAAUGACUACUAAUGACUACUGAAAUGCAGCAUCUCUACAUUUUGACAAGUUUAAAUGAUACCUCAGACAACUGUGAUUCAUAUUUUGAUUGUAAGUGACAGGAGAAAAAUACUGUACAAAGAGCCCCAAUCUGGAUAGCACACAAUAAUCAUAAGAACCCAAAGGAACUACAUUAGCCAGUGUUCGCAUUAUAACCCCAUCUCUGUGAAAACCAAUGAAACUGACCCAAAGAGACAGAAGUUCCUGUGUUUGGUGAUAUUUAAAAAUGACAGCUGUGGCAACAUCCAACACCAGAUGGCAUGGCCGCCUAUGAGGGGCAUCUGGCAAGCCUUCUCGGGUCUUGACAGUUCUCCAGACCUUUUCCUCAAAAGCCCUGGUCUGGCUUUACAUACAGAAACACUUAGUUCCCAUGGAGAAAUUUCUCCAGCCUGUUAGAUCAUUAAGUCAAAUCAAUUUGUAUUUGAAUGCGCUGCAGAUAUGAAGAAAGGAAGGACAGAGAGAUUCCAUAAAGGAAAACAAAUGUUUAUAGCGACUGAAGGGAUGUUGUGGAAAGAUAAGAGGAAAAACAUGCAGCAAGGUGUAGUCCUAGUGGAUAGCAUUAUUAAUUCCCGUCAGUGUUGCAGCCACAUGAUGAAGAUCAGAUCCUUAACUUCAAGAAACAAACAUCAGAUGUUAAGCUACACAAGGAUAAAGCCACCACCUGCCCAUAUCUCAAUCGAAGAAGAUGACUGUCUGGACCGAGAGGUGUUAACCAAAUUGAUUAGCAAACACCUCACCCACACACUCAGCAGUCGGAGAGCUGUCACUCUCCUCCUCCUUCACCAUACACAUAGCAAGCACAAAAGCUACCCUAUCUCCAUCACUGGCUCCUGUCUAUUCUGUGGUUAGGGGUAUAUUGUAAGCAAUUAAGCAGUUCAUUCACCUGUAGAUUUGUUUGCUUUAUAAUAUCAAAUGUUAUGUUGGGGAAAAAUCUAAGAAGGAAUGGCACUUCAUUAAUGACGCAUGCAGUGGUUUGUCUAACAAUAAUGCUCAUACCUACACAGGAAACCUUUAUGAAUCUUUGCAUAGCUUUGUAGAUGUAAAAAUCUGAAACAGAAAGAAAGGAAAGAAAAGCUGGUCUUGCACAGGUAGUUAAAAUUACCCAGUGAGCACCAUCUGACCCAAUACAUUCAUGCACUCUAAAAAAAACUCUGGGUUAAAAACAACCCAACUUGGGUAAUUUUUAUCCCGACGGCUGGGUAAACAUAGGACAGAACACAUUGUGGUUAAACUAACCCAUGAUGUCGGGCUGUUAAUUUUACCCAGCAAAUGGGUUGUUUUUCAACCCAAAGGAUAAUUUCAUUUUUACAAAAAUGCUAGGUUAAUUUUAUUUGAUAUAUGGGUUAAUAAUUUCAGGGUUAUUUUACCCUUUGAAAAUGUGAAAUAUACCACAUUAUAAACGAAUAUGUCAACAUGGUAUCUCCUUUAUUUAUACACAAGAAGGUGUUCAGAAAUGUAUUGCUGUAUGUAUUAAAGUGGUGAUUAUAUAUAGACUUUGAAGCAAAUAAGUUAUAUAUUUAAGACGAAAACAUCAGAUUUUGUUUAAAACAUGUUUAAAACAUCCAAAAAACUGAGUAUCCAACUUACGAUCCAGUGGGCAUUACAAACAAGUAAGCCAACAUGAACAAAGAUAGCGGUGCAUUUAGUGUAAUAUAAACUGGACUGUUAUUGCAUACUGUUAUACAGUAAUGGUUUUAUGGAUAAGUAUAUUGAACCUUCACUCAAUCAUGUGUUAAUUUUUAACACACCUGCGUGUCUAGUUAAGGACAACACAUUUUGUGUUGCUUUUUAACACAAUCAGUGUGUUAGUACAUUUCCACACAGAGAUGUGUUAAAAAAUAACACAAAUAACACAGAUGUGCGGUUUAUACUUUUACCCCUAAAAUGUAAUUUGUUUGUAUACUAAAAUUCUACUAAAAUGUUCACAAAAUAAACAAAUAAUUGCAAGAAAUUCAGGUGACAUUUGUUAAAAUCAUUUAAACAUUUGAUAGAUGUAAGAAUUUGAGUUGAUGCAUCCUCUUACAAAUCUCCCGGCCAUCUGGGAAGACGAGUCCCACUCCCUUCCGUUUGAAAAGCUGUAAAAGAGCAAAAAGAGUGUUGAUUAGUUGUUAGCUACAAAAUAUGGACAAAUACCUUUGGGCUUUAACUGAGAAAUUGCAUUACCGAAUCCCAAAUUGUUUAAUUCUGGAAAUGUGGCCUCCAAUCUCCUAAUGAACAAAAUGGCGCUGUAGACUCACCAGGGAAAUCUAGCUAACUUGCGAAUAUUUACUUUUCUGCCUUUAUCACCUCACCACCAAUUGUUCUGCACAACCUAAUUAAUUUAUCCAACAUUACAGAGAUAGUGGAAAGCAUUACAACCAAAACCCUCUCUUUUUGUCACGUUAACCUUGUGAGGAACUUUUGGCCUCGACAUUACUGAGCUAGCUAAGUUCUGUUAGCCACUGACUGCCUGUACCUAUUAACGAGCAUUAACAUUCACCGAAUACAUGAAGAAACACAACUCUAACCAUAAGCGGAAUUUGACAUUAGUGCUAGGGUGGGGGCAAAAUAUUUUCAACUGACGUCACACAUAAGCGCACACAACUGAGGCACACUGGCAGCAAGUUAAACUGUUAAAAGUUACAUUUAAGAAGAGAGUACUAGCAUCUAACAUCUCACGUCACAACGUGGAAUAUCACAUGACAUGAGUGCUUAAAAUGAAUUUUAUACAAAACCAAACAGAAUAGAAUUCAGAUUUAUUUCUUACAUUUAUUUUAUUGCAUUACUUAAAAUAUUUAUAUAUAAUACAUACAAGAAAUAUUUUUAUUGGACAUAUUUUAGACUCAAUGUAGUCACAUAUUUCAGCUGCGCAGACUCCGCCUAUGGCCCUAACCCAUCCUCCUAAUGCUAAUUACUACAGCAGAAAAAAACAACCCAGCAGUUUUUAGAGUGUGGACACUGGACCAUCCUGGCCAUAAGAAGACGGUGUUAUAAGUUAAGUUUAUUUUGUUCCCUUUGUACCCCCUUUUAUUAAAGAUUUAUGUCUUUUAAAGUUGAGUGCAAAAGUUUGCAUAUAUUGUGACAGAAUGGACAAGCAUAAGAUAUAUAUUUUUUUAAUUUUCACAGAAGUUUAACAAAACAGAACAAAACAAAAAUGUUAAGACAGUAGAUUAAAUAAAGAUCAAAAGUGCCACCCUUGUAAGCCAACCCUUUACCUCUUCAGCUGUCUCUAACCUCUUUUAUUUUCUUUGUUUUAUUAAAAAAAUUUCAAGUCUGUGAGGAAAUUGAAAUGGGUUAGCUGUGUGCAAAAUGGUGGAAUUAUUUUAUUUGUUUUUGUUUACCAACAGGCAGGUUGUUCAAUAAUAAAAGCGUACGAUGUGCUGUGUUUAACCAUUCACUAACAAUUCAUUUCUAUAAUGUAUACAUGUAUAUUGAGAAUAUUGUAUACAUAUUUGAGCAGACAAGUUAUUUUCCUUUCAAAAUGUGUAAAGACCUAUUUUUAUACUCUACUGAUGGUCAGAUCUGCAAAUAUGUCAGUUAAUAAACAGUAAAUAUCUUUAAGUACAUUUUUAGAUAGUUAUGAUUAUGUGCAGUAUAAUGUGGACAUGAACCAGACUUCAGACUGUAUGCUAAUUUUGUAAGAAUUACAAAUCCAAACAUUUCUGCAGAUCAAAGUUAAAUAUCAGUUUUAUACUCUAGAGUUCAUCCACAAUACUCUGGUUUUUGUGGUUAUAUUCUGUUUUUUCUCUCUGCCAUAGGAUCUUCUUGUUAGCAAUAUUUGCAGACUUUCCUUUGGGAACCUUAUGGAAUACAAACUUUUGCAAUCAAUUAUAUACUUUUCCACUUGUACAGAGGGUAUAAUACAAACAUUUACUCUGGCAAAUGUUGCUUUUUCAAGUCUUUUUAAACAUCUUUGUGCUCAUUGGGUAAUUAUUCUCACCACAUUUCACCUAUUGAAGCAUUCUGCUUUGUAACUGUGAAACUAUGAAUAUUGCAAAAGUGUCAUAAAAUAAUUUAUGCAGCUAUUUGUUGUAGAUUCUGAAAGAUAAACCUGAAAUUGUAUGUUUGUUGUGUGAAAAAUGUACCUGCCAUUGACAAAGGAAACAUUUGUACAUAUGUUUUAUAUUUAGCAUACAUUUUUGGCAGGCUUUAUUGUAGAAAAAAUUGGACAUUUAGAAAAUAAAGUGAUGCAUUUGCA